AUGUUCGUCAGCGCAUAUGUGGGCAUCAUAUACAUCUUGAUGCUGUGCCCCUUCUCUACCCCCUCCCGCUCACCAGUAAUGUCCCGCCCAGUGAUCCAGCCCGUGAGUGCAGGGGCCACUGCCCCAGAGGCGUUGUCCCUGCUACACCAGCGUCUCUUGGUGGCGGAGGAGCAGGCAGAGUCUCUCAUCAGAGAUAUGGGCAGUCUGGGAGUGUCUAGAGAGCAGCUCCUGGAGCCCGUGGAGAGGGACCCCGUCCAGCGUCCCAUUAGCCCCGUGAAGAUGCACCGUGCCCUAAGAGAGCCUGGAGGAGAAGGGCUACUGUGGCGCCAGUGUGAUGGGCUAGUGAGCAGGGUAUGUCGCAUGGAGAGCCUCCUGCAGACCCUCAAGCUCACCACUUUUCGCUUGGAGACUGAGAGAGACCUGGAUCCCUCACACUCAGCCCAUCUGAAGGAGCAGCUGUCUGCGCUGCAGCAGGAGAGUGAUGAGGAGCAGAGGGUCUCCAGAAGGGAGGUGAUGCGGCUGAGGGACCUGCUCCGCGAGGCCUGUCUGGACAGGGACGAGUCCCGGGGGGAGGUGCAGAGACUGGGGGAGGCCCUGGAGGUCGCCACCACCUCCAAGAUGGAUGUAGCUCUGGCUGCAGAGGAGCUGAAGAUGGUCAAAGUCCAGAUGAGUGAGAAGCUGCUGCAGCUGAAGGAGCAGAUGUCCCAGGAGUCUGCUCGGUCUUUUGAGAAUGAGAAAUCCCACAAUGCACUACUUCAGAGGGUGGAGGAGAUGGAGAGAGUGGUGGAGAUGGAGAGAAGACAGGCCCAGACAGUGCAGGCAGACUGCCAUGCCCUGCGUUCUGAUGGACAGGCCACUAGACAGAGACUACAAGAGGAGAAGGACAGAGGCCACAGGCUGCAGGAGCAGUGUGAGCAGCUCAAAGGGCAGAGUGCACGGCUAGCCCUGCAGAAGCAGCAGCAGGAGAACAGCAGGUUACUGAGAGAUGGAGGAGAUCUGAGGACUGCAGCUGACAAAGUCCAAGCAUUUAACAACCAGUUGGAGAGUCAGUGCUCUGAGUUGAGUUCAGCCCUACGUUCUCUUACUGUGGACAAAUCCAAGCUACAGACUGAAUACCAGGCUAGUAUUAAGGCAGAGAGAAGUCGUGUGACAAAGCAGUUGCAGGAGCAAGACCUCUUGCUGGAUGCAGCCAGACGCAACAUCCAGGCAGAACUGCAGGGGGUGCUAUCAGCUAAAGUUAAAUUGCAAAUGGAACUGGAGACUCUGAAGGUUGACCACACCCAACUUCUUCAGAGUUCCACGGUUGCCCAAGAGACAGUUGCCACUCAGCGGGAGCUGUUGGAGCGUACCAUUGAGAGGCUGCGGGGGAAUCUGAACUCGGCUGUAAAGGAAGGGGAGGUCAUGAGGACAGACUGGGACUGUGCAAAGACUGAGAUGUGCAUUGUGGUAACCAAGCUAGAGGUUGAGAGGAGUGCAAUGGAAACGCAACUUGCUAAUGUCAAGUUGGAGGCAGGAUCUCUGAACUCCACCUUGCAGAAGCAGGAGGAGGAGAACAGGAGGCUCAUGGGAAAACUGGCUGUCAUGGAGCAUCAGCAGAAUGCUCAGCAGCAGGUGGAGCAGAUGCUUAAGGAGCUGACGGAUAGUAAGAACAACCUGGCCUAUGAGAAAGGGAAGCUACAGACCAGGGUAGAUCAACUCCAGGAGGAGCUGGAAGCGUUAAGGGACACCCAUGUAGAAAGUGUCCAACAAUGCAAGCUGAGCUCUGUGUUAGAGAACAAGUACACACAGGUCAGCUCUGAAAUUACCACCCUGAAGACAACCUGUCAUAAACUGGAGGCUCAGCUCAGACAGGCCCAGGCUGAAGUCCAGGUGAAGGAGGGGGAGGCGAUGUCGUUGGUGGCAGCCAGAGACGAGGCUCUGCGGGACAGCCAGGCCCUGAGGGGACAACUGGACAAACUGCAGGAGCAGCACAGGGACAAGCUGUGUGAGCUGGAGGGCUGGCUAGGUGUGUCUCGUCAGGGUGGGGGCAGUGUGGCUCAGACCCUGGAGAACGUUUUGGUCUCCCACUCCCGUCUGCAACACAACACUGAGACAGUACAGAAGGAGCUGGGGAGACGAGAGCAGGAGCUGGCCUCACUCAGGAGAGACAGACUGCAGGGUCAGAGAGAGAUUCAGAAGCUACAUGCAGAGGUGGAGAAGCUCCAAGACAUCAUGGCAACAAGUAACUCCAAGAAAAACAAAAUGCUGGAGCCCUUGCGUAAGGCCCUGGAUGUGGCAAGGCUAGAUAACAAGAAACUAGCCCAAAGUUUAGAGCAGGCUGUGUUGGCCAACAGCACUCUGCAGGCCAACCUGGACCGAGCCAGAGACCAACACCAGAGCACCAUCACACAGAGAGAGGUGGAGCUGGCUGAGGCCAGGGCAGAGAUUGGUCGAUGGUCAGAGCAUCUGGAAUCUAUGAAGCUUCAGAUGAGGAAAGAGAGGGACUCCGUGAAGAGGUUGUCACAGAGAGAAAUCUCAGAGUUGAGAAAGGCUUUUGAGGACUUGUCAGCUAGGUCAGGUGACCUCUCCAGGGCAAAUCGGGAGCUGCGGGAGAAGACGUCUGAGUUGGAGAAAGUGGUGUCCAAUCAGAAAGCCCGUCUCAGAGAUCAGAAGACACAGCUCAAGCAACACCUGGAUAAUAGAGCCACUCUGGGCAACUCUCAAAAAAUAAAAGACAUGGAGGGUGAACUAAAGAGCCUCAAGACCUUGAAGGAUCAGUAUCAGAAGAAGAACUAUGAGCAGAGUGAGUUGAUCCAGCAGUUCCGGUCCGAGACAUUAUCCCUCCAGCGGGAGCUAUGGCGCCUGUCCUCCAGCCAGGAGGGGGAGCUGGAGGCUGAGAGGGAGCUGAGACACGUCAUGCAAGACAAGUGUCAGCAGAGGCUGGAGGAGAGCAUCAAGAAGCUGCAGGAGGCCAAAGACCAGGCAGAGCAGAAAAUGAAAGAGGUCAGCCUGGAGUCACAGCAGAUAUCAGAGAACCUAGAGGAAGCUCACAGUUGGUUCCGGUCCAAGUUUGACAGCCUGAAGAGUGAUGGAGAGCCAAACAGGUCCAUGGGGGACGAGGAACCACAAGAAAAUGGAGACUAUACCCUGGGAAGCAGUAAAGGGGGUGCACACAGUUCAUCAUGCAAACGCAACAGAAAGACUCGGUGUGAUAGCAGGCCUCCAGAACCUCCAGAGUGGGAGAGAUGGAGAUCCACCAUGCAACGCUGGGAGACCAAGAGAGAGCUGGCUCGCAUUGCAAAUGGAUACAAACCUGGUGGGACACAUGCGCUAACACACUCACACACACAAUAAGACACGCAUACUGUAUAGCACACACACACACACGCACUGAACCAAGGCACAUGGAGAAACCAACCCCUCACACAAUGAUCCCUUUUAUUUAUCCAAAACAUUGAACACCAAGAAAUAU